AUGGGGAAACUCUCUAUGCUUCUGCGCUUGCUAAAUUUUUCUGUCUUCUUAAGGUUAUGCCAGCCCAUGCAUACCUCACACGGCAAACUUUUUAUCAUUCCUGUCCGCCGGUAUGGGCCGAAUAACCAGAUGACAGAGAUCAAGGAAGCGAUAUCAUUGUCAUUCCUCUUACCUGGCUCAGUGCUUGUAAUUCCAAACCUCAUGGAGCAUAAGUUCAGCGAUGGUACAGCAAACGAAAUGUCAAGCAAGGAGCUCUUUGAAAUUGGUUUACUAACCCAAGCAGAAGUGCGUUUUGUGUUCUUGGAUGACCUACGUAAGCAUUGGAAUGGCGCACUCGACGUCAUUGUCUACUUCCGCGACGACAAGUUUCCACAGGUUAAUUAG